CAGAGAAAAGCAAAGAUAUGAGAACGUUGUGGAUUGGAGGAGGUGCCAAUGAUUCUAAAAAGUAAACAGUGCACCAGAAAAAGGUUUGAAAAAAACCUCUGCAUUUGCUGGUAUUUUAAUUAAAAAUAUAUAUAUAUAUAUAUUAUCCGCCCGGAGCACAAAAUGUCUCGCCGCAAAGAUAUUGUCAGCAAAGAUUUUGGUCCGGGUCCGCGUGAUGCUGCCGAAAUAUAUGGCCCGCACAUCAUGCAUGCUUACGAAACCAUGAUGGAUUUAAUAAGGGUACAGUCAAUUGGAUUUGAUGCUUUGCAACAUGGAUUUUUUGGUUUAGAUUUUACAGAGGAAUACUAUGUCAGCAAUGAUGAUGAUGAUAAUACAGACGUUGACAGUGAUUAUGAAGAUGGUAACAGCAGAAAAGCAUACUGCGGAUACUCCCGGAAUUUUCUAGAACGAGCCGCGACGAAGGCCAGGAGCCUUCAUCCACCUUGCCCCCCCCGCUGUCCCCUCUUUCCUUAUAGACCCGGAUUUACAAUAAUUGACCCCGAGGAGGCGGAAAGGAAUGCCCGGGAACUUGUAGAUGAGGAGGAGCGACUUAAAGAAAAGGCUGAGAAAAAAAGGCUUAAAAAAAUGAAACAGAAAGAACGAAAACGUCAAGAAAGAUUACAAAAGGAAAAAGAAAAUGCUAUUAAAAAAGAAGAUAUAAAGGACAACCCUCAUGUGGAGGAGUCCAGUAUGAAGCUUAGUGAGAAUGUAAAUCAUAAGUCUAAUAAACAGGUUGUUAGUAGUCCUGAAGACUCAGGACCUUCUUUACAGAAGAGACCAGGCCCAACAGCACCCCUAGAAAAAGAAAGCAGUAAGGACCUGAGUGAGGAAGAGGAGAGCGAAGAGGAGAGCAUAGCUAGUGAACCCGAGGAGCUGGAUCUGACCAGCAGCUUUGUAUCCAAAGCAGCCAUCAUAGCAAAGCGUAAACUGGAGCUCAAAGCCAAAAAGGAGAAGAAGAAAACCGUGCCUAAUCAGCCAAAGGAGAAACCCAAAGAGGUGCAGGAGAACCAGCAACAGGACAGCGCUGCGCCCAAACUGCAGGACGUGGUUCUCAGGAGCAUGGAGCUGGCGGUCACAGGUAACAAGCUGGCAAGUGCCGGGCGUUUCGAGCUGGCCGUGAAGUAUUUCACCGAUGCAAUCAAGUACAACCCUAAAGAGUUCCGGCUGUUUGGCAACCGCUCUUACUGCUACGAGAAGAUGUGUGAGUACGGGAGAGCCCUCACGGACGCAGAGAUCGCUCUCACCAUGAGCCCCCAUUGGAUCAAAGGCCUCUACAGGAAGGGCAGAGCGCUGGCUGGGCUCAAGAGGUACCGUGAGGCGGCAGUAGCCUUUAAAGAAGUCUUAAAGCUGGACAGUACCUCCAUGGACGCUGCCCAGGAGCUGAUGACAGUUCAAAUCAUGGAGCUCAUGGGCCUGGGCCUCUCCAGGGAGCAGAGCUCAAAUGCAUUAAUAAUCUAUGGGACAGUGGAGAAGGUCCUGGAAGCACUCUCUAAUAUUCCUGACUUGAAUCUGUUCAACAGCAGCCUGCCCACUGCCAGCGCCAGCCAACCAGCGGUGGAGGACUGUGUCGCCACAGCAAAGCAAGCCCCGCCCAAACCCAGCACCCCUGUGAAGUCUGGCCCUGCCAAAAACUCACCGCAGCCACCUCUGUUCCCCGUCUGGGUGGGAAACCUGGUUCCUUCGAUAUCCGAGAAGCUGAUCCACAGGAUAUUCAGUGUCGUAGGUGAGGUGUACAGCAUGAAGCUGCUUCGUGCCCGAGGAUGUGCCUUUGUCAACUACACCAAGGCCGAGUGCUGCGAGAGGGCCAUCCGCGACAUUCACGGGCUGGAGGUGGAGGGGACCAAACUGUUAGUUCGCUACCCUGACAGAAUCCACGCACACUUGGGUAUGGUGAAGGCCGGCCAGCCAGCCAGCGAGCAGCCCAAGACGGCGGACAAGUCGACGGGGGAGUGUUUCUUCUGGAGGAACGCGGGCUGCAUCAAAAAGGAGCGCUGCAUCUACCGGCACGUUCCAGAGCACAAGGGCAUCGACAGGGUGAAGGGGCAGACAGCCCCGCCCUGACCUGCUCAAACCCACCAUCCCUCUCCCAGGCCACACCCCUGCCAUGCCCUACCCCCUUGCCAGAUCUCCCUAAUAAACACACUCGGUGUUCACCUGCUCACAGGUGCCUCCUCUUGGUUCAGGCAGGGGUGGGUGGGUGAAGGGAUGUGUCAGACAGCCUGACGUUUGGGA